CAGAUAUGAAUAUAGUCAGCACUGGCGAAAUAACAGACGCUGUCUGUGGUGAUAUAGGCACCACACAAUUAAUGGAAGAUCAUCGCAAUCCCAGUGUGCCAAAUAAUGCAUCGAGUCUGGGACCAAGUAGUCGUUUUCAAUUUUCUCGGUUUUCUUGCUUGCGUUGUUUUGGUAAACUUCUUAAAUAUUUAAUACGUCUAAGGAACACACCUGAAGAACUGGAACAGCGUUGCAAAUCUAAAGAAAUUGACAAAUUUUUAGAAAAGGAAAAACAAACGUUUCGUCGGCAAGUAAAAUUAUUAUUACUUGGAGCAGGCGAGUCGGGAAAGUCCACAUUUUUAAAACAAAUGAGAAUAAUACAUGGCGUAAAUUUCGAGCCAGAACUUAUAAAAGAGUACCAACAUGUGAUAUAUCAAAAUGUUAUACGUGGUAUGCAAGUUUUGAUCGAUGCUAGAGAAAAGUUGGAAAUUCCUUGGGGUAAUAGCGAUAGAGAAAGGGAUGCAUUAGACACGAAAUAUAUGGAGUGUAGCUCAAUUGAGGCUGACAAAUUUAUCCAGUACGCUGCAACUAUAAAACGUCUUUGGCAAGACCGUGGAAUCAGACGAGCAUACGAGCGCCGAAGAGAAUUUCAAAUCAGUGAUUCAGUCAAUUAUUUUUUGGACGAUAUCGACCGAUUGGCUACACACGAUUACAUCCCUACAAAGAAAGACAUUCUACACUGCCGCAGAGCAACUAAAGGAGUAUAUGAAUUUUCUGUUAAAAUUCAAAACAUUCCAUUUGUGUUUGUGGACGUUGGUGGACAGCGUACUCAGCGGCAAAAAUGGACACGUUGUUUUGAUUCAUCUGUUACAUCAAUAAUAUUUUUGGUCUCCACAUCGGAAUUUGAUCAAGUCUUGGCCGAAGAUAGAAUGACGAAUCGUUUGGAAGAGUCAAGAAACAUUUUCGAUACAAUUGUAAAUAAUAACACAUUUAAGGGUAUUUCGAUUAUCUUGUUUUUAAAUAAAAUGGAUUUAUUGGAGUAUAAAGUUAAAAAUCCAGAGACUGAUAUUCGCUGGUUCUAUCCUCAAUUUCACGGUAACCCACACUCUCUAUUGGAUGUGCAAAACUUCAUUUUGCAAAUGUUUAUGACUGUGAGAAAAUCCCAACAAAGUCGAACAUAUCAUCAUUUUACCACAGCCAUAGACACCCGCAAUAUUAAUAUUGUAUUUAAUUCCGUUAAAGAUACAAUAUUACAACGAAACUUGAAUGCAUUAAUGUUGCAGUGAAAGAUAACUAAUAAACAGGUAUAAAAAUAAACGUUAAAGGUGUUAUCGUCAUGAUUUUUAUUCCUCUUUAAACACACAUGAAAACAGUGCCAAGCAAUCUGCAAAGUAUUUAUUUCAAAAUAUAAAAGUAAUUCUAAUUUUCAAUUAUGUGAUUAAGCUUUACGAAGAAUUUGAUUAACUACACGUUUUAUGUAUUAUUUUUUUUUUUGUAUUGUAUUAAAUAUAUUUUUUACAAUUUUCAUUCUUUCGAUAAAAGGUAAUUCCAAAGCUUACACCAAAUUAAAAAAAUAUAUACAUAUAUCCACGAACUACAGUUUAAUUAAAUGUAACUUAAUGUGUAUCAAGUACCAGAGAGUACUCAAACUAUUGACUUUUAGGUAUCAAUAAACCGGAAAUUAUAAAAUAAACUGAAAUUUUUGAUAAAAGUCGGAAACAUUCUGAGAAAAUAUAACAUUCUAAGUACAACAUUGUAAAAAUCAUUAUUACGAAUCUUUUUAUAAAAUGGGCCAAGCCUACCUACAAUUAAAUCUAAUUAGUGGUUAUUUUUCGUUGUAUAUCGUCCAACUCAAACUUUUUAUGCGAUAAACUGAUUCGAAUUAAAGUGUAUACGUACAUAUAUAGUGCACGUAUAUAACGUAGUAUUUAUUAAA